CCUUUUUCGAGUUGUAAGAUGUGAAGGCAUUCAUGGCAUGGCACUUAAGACACGACGGAAUUUUACCUUCCGGUGCCUACGAGCAGUUUAGUUCACUCAUUCAACAAGGCCUGGGAUGAUCCGGGAUUUGCAGUUCUUACCUCCCGUCACUCGAUGGCACCCAACUCGGAUUGUAAACUCCCCCCGGAGCUGUGGCUAACUAUCUUUCGCUUGGCAACACAACCAGACGAUGGACAAUUGACCGCCAUAUAUGAGCCAUUCGAAGGCUGUUUCGAUAUGGUCUCGGAGGUGGUCCUCAGAACAAGGAGGUCACUCGUGCAGGUCUGCCGUACGUGGCGGACCCUUGCCACUGUCUUUCUGUACGAGGAUGUGAGGGUUAGGCCCGACGUGGAGGACACCCUGAAGAAGUUUCUAGAGAGCGAUCAGUUCAGCUCGGAGGGCAAACCUUCCACGCCCGGAAGAUGGGUUCGACGCCUCGAACUGCCUUACACCCUGACAGACCACAGCAGCUCUGGCACCGACGCUAUCCAGAUUUUAUCAUCCUGUCCAUUCCUUCAAACUCUCGUCCGACCAUAUUUGCCAGAAGUCCGCGGGCAGUCCCCCGAGCCACAACUGGGGUUCCCCAUGGGAAUCGUAGCCUUGUCGUCCCUGACUCGACUGGAUUGGUGGCACUGCCACACAGUUGCUGGAUCUGGCGGCAUAAACUCCCUCGUUGAUGUACUUCACAACGCUCCGCACUUGCAGUAUCUUACUCUUGGAGGGGAAUUCCAUACCGCACAGGAGCUGGACGCUCUGCACCUACCAGCGUUAACGACUCUCCGGCUGCGGCGAGUGAGCGCCUCAUUCCUGCUGCGAAUUUGUGGAUGGGUGCUCCCUUCUCUCGCCCAUAUAAUCCUAGACUUUCCAAGUGAAAGCUACGCAAUCGAGCAGGUCUGGUCUACCUUUGGUCGGCAACUUUCCACAGUAGAGUUCGGACGGAAUGUCGCCUUCCUCAUCAACGACCAGAUUACUCCAUUCUUACGUGCUGUAGAAGCUUCGGUGGAAUGCGUGGGCAUCCAUGCCUUCCCAUGCAAGAUGUCAUCUAAUAAUUUGUGGGCACAUCUCGACCGCCAUUUUUGGUGGCUUGCUGGUCCAUCGUUGCCUGCCCUCCAGCACGUAGUUCUCUACGGUAACUGGAGUGAGAUAAUGGAAGAUCCGCGGUUUCCUCGGUUGCGACGCCGGCUAGAGGAUAAAGGAUGUAAAAUUAAAUUUGCAAGCGAGGGCGGUUGAUUAGGUGGCCGUGAUGUCAGGUAGACAGACCUGCAUGAUCAUAAUUCGUUCCCGCUGACAAUA